AUGCUGCAGAACGCUGUUCUUUGGGUUGAGGAUUUGACUGAUGCCCCUUCAGCCAUAGCUGACAGCUCCCCGAGUCGAAUAUACCUUCUUGAACAGCGAGAUGUGGAAAUUAAUGUCCGUGAUAAAUGGGACAGUACACCUCUGUAUUAUGCUUGCCUCUGUGGACAUGAGGAGCUUGUACGCUAUCUUCUAGCCAAUGGAGCGAAAUGUGAGGCAAACACUUUCGAUGGGGAACGUUGUUUGUAUGGAGCUUUGAGUGAUGCCAUCCGACGUCUGCUGAAGGAGUACAAACAGAUCACGGCAAAGUGCAUGAAGAGAGACUACUAUGAUGUCUUCCUACAGCGGUUGCUGGAGCAGGGUUACCAAAGCGACAUUGUUUUCAUUGUUCAUGGCAAAUCCUUCUGUGCUCACCGCUGCAUUCUCAGUGCUCGCAGCGCCUACUUUGCGGAAAUGUUUGAGACCAAAUGGAAGGGGAAGAACAUGAUAGUGUUGAAGCAUCCACUGAUUAAUCCAGCAGCCUUUGGCUCUCUUCUGCAGUAUCUAUACACAGGUCGUCUUGAUAUCGACGUAGAAUAUGUAAAUGAUUGCAAGAGGUUAGCCAAGCAGUGUCGGCUGCAGGACCUCAUAGACGAUUUGGAGACCAAAUGUAAAAAAGUCUAUGAAUUUGUUUCUUCCAAGCCAGGGACCUGUGUGAAAGUGCUGACGAUUGAGCCCACAGGUAACUGCCAGCUGCAGGAAGAUCUGGCUCUCCUAGCAGACUGCGCCCUGCCAGCCGAACUGCGGGUUGGUUUUGGGGAGUUGCCGUUUGACAGCACUGACAACUUUAACAGUUGUCCCGACGUGUGUUUCCGGGUGGCAGAUUACAACUUUCUGUGCCAUAAGGCAUUUUUCUGUGGUCGCAGUGAUUAUUUCAAAGCCCUUCUUGAAGACCAUUUCAGUGAGAGUGAGGAGCUGCAGACACAGCCCAGCAUCCCUGUGGUGACUCUCCACAACAUCUCAGAAGACAUCUUCAUCCGAGUCCUCUACUACAUCUACAGUGACGAUACAGAGCUGUCCCCGGAAAACGCCUACGAUGUGCUGUGUGUGGCAGACAUGUACCUGCUGCCUGGGCUCAAGCGCCUUUGUGGCAGGACCUUGGCUCAGAUCCUUGAUGAGGACAACAUUGUCAGCAUCUGGAGGAUUGCAAAGCUGUUCCAGCUGACCCGGCUGGAGGACCAGUGCACUGAGUACAUGGCAAAGAUCAUCGAGAAGCUGGUGGAGUUGGAGGAGUUUGUGGCUGCUGUGAAGGAGAAUGCGGAGGCUGUGGAGGAACGGCAGGAGACUGACUCCAUUCCUCUGGUUGAUGACAUCCGCUUCCACAUCACCAGCAAUGUGCAGACUUACAGUGCCAUCGAGGAAGCCAACCAGAAACUUGAAGCUCUGGAAAACCUCCUGGCCAGCAUAGGGCUUGAGUGCUGAUGUGUGCAAACCCUGGCUGUCAUACACAGCCUGCCUAGCCCCCAGUGGGUUGGCUUGGAGUGCAAGAACAUCUGUCUCUCUGAAUGUCUCUCCUCCUCUCCUUUGUCCUCCUUCCCAUCCACUUUCAGGCAUGGUUUCUUUUUAAUUUAUUUAUGUCUGGACAGUUGUGUGUCUGGUUUGUGUUUGGUUUUAUUUUGUUUUUUGUUUCUCCUUUCAGAAGUAGCUCCCAAAACUCAGUCCAAAUCAGUAGCUGCUGCUUUGUACAAUACAAUGCAGAUAGGAGACUGCAAGCUGUUAGGGUCUUAGCUUCCUGUGGUAAGGAAGCUGUUCUGGGGGGACUUGCUACUGCUGGGUGUUAGGACCCAUCCUGUUCUGUUGCCCAACAACACACCUCUGAAAUUGGUUCAUGCCAGGAUAUUUGUUGAUUUGCCACCAGCAGGGGAAGAAAACUGGAUUAAACUGUCCAAAUAAUAUAUUGGAAAGGAGGUGGCCUUUCUUUCACUGUCAGCAUUAUAAGAUUGGCAAAGGUGGGCAGUGCUUCCCUAACAGGGACACAGGAGUACUUGGCUAUGUGGAAGGCACUGUCUUCACCUGCUAUUCUAGUUCUUAGAUGAAAAAAACCAAAGUGAUUUCCAGGUCUUCCCUAGCUUUUCAUUGCUUUGAAGUGGUCAGAAUUUAAAAGCUUUGCUUUCUGAACAAACAUCUUUGGGAAUACAAUAGAGACCAGAGUCCUUCCAUUUUUAGAAAGCAGUAGCUUUCAAUGCAUAGAAAAGGGAGAGCACCCCUUUUCUUCGUAACGGGAAGGAAACACCUUCUUGGAAACAACACUUCUCCCUUUCUUUUUGUCCACUGUAGUAGAGCAAAACUGACUUGCUUGGUGGGUUAGGGAAGAGGGGUCACCGGAAGUCUCUUUUAAGAGGAAAAGGGGCCUUUUGGGUCUAUUGCAGGGCAGCUGUCCCACUUGUCGACCUUCUAGCUUUGCUCAGCCUUGAGCCUUGUAGCUUCAUUGUUCUCCAGGAAAUUCACUGUUUGUACUAAUGAAUGUUUUUGAAUCUGUGUUCUGCAGUAGGUCGUGUUAUCUUGUGUUGUCUCCCUAGAUUCCUAAUGAGGGUAACGAUGUUCCUUCUCCUUGGCACCAAUCAGCAGGCGAUACCCCUGCAUAAAGCUUGCCUUGCCAAAUAGGCUGCCCUCAGAGCUGUUCACCUCCAGAAUGGCAUGUUAGGAGAGUCUCGAGUCCCCAAGGCACAGGCCGGGCAUACUUUGUCGUGCUGUGAGUUGGGAGGGAGAAGAGGCGUUGUGUGAAGUGCACAGAGAAUCUUGCACAGGCAGUGGGCUGCCAUUACUAACGCAUGUUGUCAUUUUGGUCACUUUGUGAGGCAAGAGCUUGAAAUAAUCCAUGUCAGGUGUGCUUUUAGUGUUUGAGGUGGGAACUGGACACGGAUCCCCUGCAGCUUCAAAGUGUUGUUUUCUGUAAUGGUAGUGGUACUUCAUGUGGAUAAGGAGAGGGUUUGGAGGUCCAGCGUUCGGCAGGCACUUGCUUCAGGUGUGGAUGUACUGGGAGGAUGGGUUUCUCUUCUUUGCUAAUCUCACCAGGUGAGAGACUGAUGCUCCCACACCAUGUGGGAACUGCAGCCUCACUGCCCCUGCUCAGAGCAUCUGCCUGUAUCUGGCAUGCGUUGAAGCUGUUUGCAUGUACGUGGGCAGGCUUUGGGCACCACUUGCACUAGGCAGGCUGGGUUCAGUUGCAAUGAGGAGGGGGCACUGGGGUUUGGCUGCUGUACUCGAGAGAAGCUGGACUUUGGCAAAAAUCACAUGUCAGGAUUGAGUUGCACUAACAGAAGCUGGGGACAGAGCUGGUGGGGCAGGAAUGAUGUACGUUGGCUUAACUGGACCCUGGAUGUUUGUGCACUUUGUCAUCUGUGUUUAACUGUUUUCUCUUGCAGAACAAGUCUCUCUGGGGCAGGGGAUGGUGGCUGCAGGGCUAUUCGAGCAGGGCGUGCUUCAGUUCUUCUGUUUCGAAAUGCUUGUGAGGAAGUGUAAGGAGUUCUUGUGGUUUGUUUUCUGCAGCCAUAUUAGGGUGAGGGGAGAGGAUGUGCCCCUGCAGGGGUGUGCUGCUGUAUGGAAGCAGUGAGUGUAGCAGGAGUGUGCUUCUGUUUGGGGUGGUGACGUGGAGAGGAGCUGUGUGUUUGUUGUGUGAUUUGUGGAAUGUACCUCCAUGUCCAUCUCUAAGCUUGGUGUGGCUUUGACAGGACCACCAAAGAGCCCAGCACAACUUGAACUGAUAAAGGCAUCUCAGUGGACUUGAGGGGAAGAGCUAUUGAGAAAGCUUUAAUGUGAAGUCCCAUAUAUUUUGGAGAAAGAAGGGUGAAAGCAGAACUGCCUGUUUUCUUGCUCAGUGGAGUGUCAGGCUCAUGAAAGCCUGCUACAGAAACGACCGACAGCUUAACCCAGCUGGUUCAGUUCCCCUGUGUUUCUCUUCCCUAUAUGGCUGAAGAUAAUACUGAACACAUAAGCAGGAUGUUUAGUUUAUCACAUCCCCUCUGCUCCUCCUGCAUAAAUUCUGCAUCUGACAUCUUAGUAGUCAGCAUUCCACAGCAGUGGUUGUGACAGCCCUGCACAAGGCUUGCACGGAGCCACCAAAGAACAGAACGUGGCCUUUGCCUUCUGCUUGUACGGAAUGAGAUGCAGAAACAGGAUUACCGAGGAACGUGCUAAUGCUUUUCUCAGCAGAUGCCUCAGCUGCUAAAGCAAAAUGGACACUGGUAGUGGGCAAAGCAGGAGGAAGGCAGAGGAGGGGCAGCGGUGCUGGGAAGCAUUUUCCAUAUGGCUGCUCUGGAAUAAUUCCAUUCCUGCGUCCUUAAGCAUGGAGCAAGUGAGGCUGCAGUUGUACAUGUGGGAGGAAAGGUCAGUAUGGCCUUUUGAUCUGCCUCCCCAGUAGUGCAGUUCCACACAGGCUGCCAAGCUAAUGCCUCAUCUGUCUGCGUGCACUUAGCGGUCACAUCUGUGAGCCCUGUCAGAUUGUCCAAUUACUCGGGGUCCUUUAACUCCCCCCCCCAUCCCUUUUGGUGAAAUAGGGCUAUCAAAAAGCAUGCAUAAGCAGAUGGUCAGCAUGCAGGCAAGCUCUCUAAUUAAGAUGAGCCAGGUCAAAACUUAGAUUUGAAUUCACUUUAUUCUUGCUGCAAAUAAUUUUAUCACAAAAUAAAAACCUUUUGAUUUUUCUUCUGUUGCCAGCGUCCUUAUUGUGUUCUGUUGCCUCUGUCCUUUUUAUUUACUACUAGCCACUUGUUGAAUUAAGAAGAUUGUAAAAUUUAUCAGAGCAACAAUAUAUUUAAGAAGAAAUGUGUAAGCAUGUGUGCAGCAAUAAAAUAGUAUAUUUCACUAUA